UUUAGCCUCAUAUAUUUCACUGUGGCUCGGCUGCCGCACACGACAGUUGUGCUUGAAACGCUUCGUAGUGAAGAUCGUGCUCGAUCGACGCGCGUCUGAGUGAAAAAAGAAAUAAAAACAUUAAAAAUUACAAAAGCUAAAGCGAGAGCAAAAAUCUAAGCAGAUUUAAAUGCAAGUGUAAUUUGUUAUUAGAAAAAAUCGACGACGAACUUCGCGCGUAAAUUAGCAAGCGUUUGCAAGAAACAAGCUACAAAAGAAACUUAAUCUGGAAAAAUAAUAAGCUAAGAAAUAAUAAAAAACUGUGUUGAAGUGAAAUUUUUGUUGGUGUAUGUGUACAAAUAAAAGAAAUAUACAAAGAGUUGUGGCUCUCAAACUGUAAAGUGAUGUGCGUGCCAGCAGCACAACAAUUACAGCAACAGCAACAAUAGUAACAAAACAGUUAAGCGCCCAAAGCAAUGGCCAUAGAUUUUCUAAUAUUGGCGCUGCUCAUCAUCUCAUUCAUCAUCAAUCUGCUGGCGCUGUGCGCAUUCUGGAUAACGCCGGGACUGCGCACCACUGCCAAUCGCUUUACCAUCAAUCUGCUCAUAAUCAAUUUGAUUGGCUGCUGCAUCUUAGCGCCAACGCUAUUUCUAAGCGGGCUCAAAAGCUUAGACAGCGGCGCAGACGACGGCGAAACAAUUGAGUUCUAUUCAAAGGCGGGCAAUCAUCAGUUGACCAUACGCCGGCAUGGCCAAGUUGUGGAGCAGGAUGGGAUUGUGCUGCGUCGCAACAUUACCAAGAACAACAGCGAUACGAUCGAAAUGUUUUACAAGUGCAACACAAGUUUUUGCCGUGAACUCACCAUAGAUGAGCGCAGCGAUGGCAACAUUGUUAUAACGGAAACGGAAACGCAUCAGGAGAAUCUGAGCACGCCGGCACCAGAGCUGCUAGCGCUGCCGUCGCUGCAGCUGCGCUGCUGGUCCAUAGACAUGGCUGCUGCGCUGGGUGCGCUGGCUGUGCUGCUCGUAGUGGGCGACACCUGGUGCGCUGUGACUGAUCCGCUGCGCUAUCAUAGUCGCAUCUCAGGCGUCAAAACAUGGAUCUUCAUAGCGCUCACCUGGACUGUGGGCAUUUUAUUUGGCGCGCUCUCCGCAUUUCGCGUGCUGGACUUUGAAGCGGACACUUUGCUUAGUCGUCAGCGUCGCUUGGCUGCCACUUACUUUAACAUCAGCAGCACCAACAGCAUCUUUGGCAUUGUCUUUGCCUGCGUCUACUUCAUAGUCAUCAUACUGCUGCCCUUUGGCUUUGUAUGCGGCAUGUACUGGCGCAUCUUCAGUGAAGCGCGCGGCAAUGGGCUGCGCAUGCGUCAAAACGGCAGCUCGCCGCUGCUGCAGAGCGCGCUCAAUCUGAAUCAGCAGAGCAACAAGGAGCACAAUGCUACCACCUACGCGAAUAGUCUAUGCGUGCAUAGACAUAGCAUAAGCUCGGCCAGCUCACAUGGUGGUGGCGUCGUCGUUGGUGGACUACAAAUGCAAAUCGAUGCGCGUGCGCCGCGUAACUCGCCCAGCUGCUUGCGUCGCGAUUCGGCUGCCAAAGUGCUGCUGCCUACAAUCUCAGACGAUGGCUCCGAUGUGGAUGUGGUGGUGCAUACAGCAGUGCAGCUGAUGAGCGUGCCGGAGCAAACGCUGGCGGAGCGCACGCAAAACAUUUUGCUGACGCUGCAAACGGCCAGCGGCGAAAUAAAGCGCAACUACUCAGCCAGGCAGCUGCCGCUGCUGGGCACAUCAUCGCAGGAUCUGCGUGAGCUGCAUCGCCUGCAGGGCAUACGCCAGGUGCACAGCUCGCCCAAUUUGCAUAAGUACACGCAACUGCGACAGGAUUCGCUAACACUAAGCGACAAUUAUCAAACAUCGCAUCCGCUGCAGACGCCAGUGCAACAAUCGCCGCAGCAGCAGCAGCCAGCAGCGCUGCCACAGCAGCUGCAGCCAGCGCAGGCAGCAACAGCAGCGCCGCAGCUGCACUUUACAGCGCAGCGACAGCAAUCGCUGCAAAUACCCGCCAUACACGCAUCGCCCAAAGCGCUGAGCUACAUGAGCUCGCUGCGUCAUCGCCUGAGCAAUGCCAGCUCGCUGUUUAAAUAUCGCGAGGAGUCGCGCGCCGCACGCAUCAGCAUUUUGGUUGUCGUCAUGUUUGUCGUCUCCUAUUUGCCCUAUGGCUUUCUAGUGCUGCUGCAGUCGCGUCUGUCCGCUGCCAACUUCAGCGGCAGCACGCAGCUUGCCAUCUUUAUGAUAUUGCUGGCCAACAUGAGUUCGCCAUUUAUUUUCGCCUAUCGCAACAAGCGCGUGCGACGCGGCGUUAAGCGACUGUUUGGACUCAAUGUUGCUGGCGUGCUGCAGCGUCAGCACAGCAGCAGCGUCAAGACGAACAACAACAACAACAACAGCAGCGCCGCAGCUGCAGCAGUUGCUGCUGCCAACAAUGCUGCGCAGCUGCAGCGCAACAGCAGCAAAUUGUCGCAGUACAGCAGCAACAGUUGCCGCUAUCUAACGCCGCAGAGCUCGCUGGCGGGUCAGGCUACACCGCUGCAUACGCUGCGUCCCAACAGCAGCUGCAGCACCAUCAUUAACUUUGGCGCUGCACAAAAGUCUUCGGCUGACUCUGCCGAUGAGGGCACCUCGCUGGAGGCAACACCGCCGCCGCCGAAGCGCACUGCGCGUCCCAAGCUGCAACGCGGCAUUACCAUAGUCGAGCACAUACAUAUACCAGGUGCUGCGCCCAAGUUUCAGUCGCGGCGUGGACUGCUCGACAUGUUCUUUCGCAAUCCCAGAAAGCUGCAGUCCAGCAGCUGCUCGGAGCCCACAGAGGUUUAGAUUUUAGUCUUAAGUCGCUUUGCUGAAGAAUUCGCAGAACAGUAUUCGUAUUUUGUAAGUUUAGUCGUUUAGUCGAAGUAAACCGUUUAAUUAUUAUUUUCAAUGCUGUGCUAGAAGCUUCUCAUGCCAAAUUUCGUACCAGGCCAUGCCCAAGUUGCUAGUCAAACGCACACGCAGUUUGCAGUUUGAAAUGCACUGGCUAGCUAAUUAACUAAAGUACCUUGUAAAAAAUCAUUUACAAUAUAUCUAAUCCAACUCUGUUUGUCUAACUAUAUAUCAAAGCUGCUGCUACAGCAGCAGCGCCGUCAAUUUCAUGUACCUAAUAACCAAAUCAAGCAAACAUAUAUACAAACAUAUAUAGAUUAAAGACACACACACACACAGUUUAUAUAUCAAGUCAAUUGCUUGAGUCAACGGCGCCGCCACUAAUUUAUUAUUAUUUUAUAUGAUAAAUAUUUAAUAGACACAAACACAC